CUUUCCACAGAAAGACUAAAGCUAUCUGCAGUAGUGAUUUCCUUGUUCCAUGGGCCUUUCUCUGUAUCAACAGCUGCCAAAGUUCUUGGUAUUGACCCAACAGAGGCCAUAGUUCAGCUAGAGGGUCUUGCAGCAAGACAAAUAAUUUCUGUUGUUGACGAGGAAGCUAAAGAAAGGAAAUAUGACAUUCACCCUAUUCUACGGAAGUAUGCUGAAAGUAUCAAGAAUCAUGAGGAUUUUGUUGCUCCUUACCUGGAAGCAAAAGGACGCUUUUAUGAACUCUUUAUGUCCAGGAUGGAGAAAAUUGCCAAACUCAUAGAGCCAGAGUAUGUCAGAGCAUUCCAUUUGUUUGAGACAGACAGAGGAAACUAUGAGUUCACUGUUGAUAUCUCCUUACAACCAGAAUAUUUCAGUGUUCCAGGUGAAUUCCGUGAGAACGCUUUGAUUGCAUCCCUUUUCAUUGCAAUGCUGAAUGAUAACCAAUAUAUCAUGGUGUUUCAUGCUUGGGCUGAGAUGUGUGAAGAUGAUGGAAAAGGAGGUUCCCUUGGCAGAGCGCAGUUGAAGUCCUGGGAAGCCAAGCAAGUUGCAGAUGUUGAUGGAACUGAGAGAGGAUUUGAAAUGUUGAGGGAAGCUCUGAAUUCACUGGAGAAAGUUGAAGAUCAAACUAGUGAAUCUUUUAUGCUUGCUAAGGGGUUUUAUUUGCAGACAGAAGGCGAAAUACUUUGGAGAAACAGAGACCACAAGAAAGCACUGGCAACUCUGGAGUUGUCCUUAACUUUCUCUGAACCACUUCUGAAGGAGCAUACUGAUAUUGCAAGGUGCUACAAUGCUAUUGGAAAUACCUUUUAUGCUUUGGAUCAGCCCAGCAAAGCUCUUGAGUUCUAUGAAAAAGCCUUUAAGAUGCAAGAGAAAUUAGCUGGCUCUGAGAAUCACUUUGACAUGCCAAUGUACAAGAAUCAGAUUGGAACUGCAUAUGAAGGCCUCAAAGAUUAUGAAAAGGCAGUUCAAUGUUACAAAGAUGCACUAGAUCUGCUGAAGGAACUUAAACUUUUAGGUUACGAGGACGAGGCACUCUUUUGCAGAAACCUUGCUAAUGCACUCAUGUUUCUAGAGAAAUAUAAAGAUGCAAUUGAACCUUCCGAGAGGGCUUACAGCAUAAGGAAGAAGCUUCUUGGAAAUCACCCACAGACUGUGCGUAGCAUUUUUCAACGAGGGGUCCUUCAGGCCAAUCUUGGACAUCGAAGAGAAGCUUUGCAUCGGUUUCUUGAAGCAUGGGAGAUGGAAAAGACACUGGGUGUAGGAAACCAGAGUGAGGUGUGGCGAAUGGUUAUCAAAGGUGUGGAAGACAUGUAUGAUUAUACAAUCACUAGAAGACUGAAGAAAUCAUUUAGAAAAGAGGUCUUUGAGUUUUGUCAACAUUUCUGGGAAGAACAGAGAGAUUCUCCACAGUUCUCUUUCAAUAAGUUUAACAAAGACAUCAUUGAUGCCUUAAAGGACUUCGCAGAUGACAAGAAAGACAAAGAUGAAGCAAGAAGGCAACAGCUUUGGUUCUAUGAGGAGAUGAACAAUGCCAGCGAGAAAGAGUUUGAAGAGAAGUUUGAAUUGGAAUCUGAUAGUGAUGCUCUCUGUGUCAUGCUGAAGGAACGAGAUAAUCUCUUGGACGAGUUAGUGAAGCUCUACUCUCAGCUUCAUGACCGCGACAAGCUUGUGAAAUACAAAAAGGACAAGUUGGCUUUGUACGAAAUGAGUCUGUUGAAAGCUGGUUUCCUUGGUAACAAAAAGGACGGGCUGGACAAAGCAUCAUUGAAGGGAAAGGUUGAAAAACUCUACAAGGAGACAAGACAAAAAGGAUCGAUCUUAGAAUUCCGACAGAGAUUGUUGGCUUGUUGGCAAACUCAGUGGGAAGAAGGGAAAAGCAAGGAAAAGACGAAGAAGAUUGCAGUUGAAAGGGAGACAAUAAUCGAUGGAGUUCUUAAUCUAUGCCAAGAACUUAAGGAAGUAAACAUGUACAGAAGAUAUGGACAAGAGGCAUUGAGCUUUUAUGAAGAAAUAUGGGAGAUGAAGCAUGCUGAGAUGAAGGACCCUGAAAUGAAAAAGCUUCUCCGUAAACUCAAGGAGUUGGCAUCGUCCAUCAGAGAUGACACGAGUGAGAAACUUUACAAAAAUGCAUUACAGGCACUUAUUGGAACUGGGAAACACCUGGGAGCUGUAUUAAGACCAAGAGCCACACAGACUACUCCCAAACCAAAGGAAGAGGAGAAGGAUAGUGAAGAGGAAGACGAGGAAAUUGAGAUAGACUCUGAGCAAGAGAUCGAGAUUGGCUCUGAAGAGACUAAGGUAGAAGAACUUUACAAGGAGACAGAACAGUCAUGA